AUGUCCAUCCUCGACCUGGCUCCGCUCCCGGCGGAUGAGAUCUUCGCCCUGAACCGCGAAUACUUCAACGACUCCUUCCCCGAAAAGGUCAGCCUCGGAAUCGGUGUCUACCGCACGGAUGACGGCAAGCCCUGGCCUCUGCCCGUCGUGCGCAAGGCCGAGCAGCAGUUGCUCGCCGAGGACAACCUCUUCCGCCACGAAUACACGGCCAUUGAGGGCGACAUCCCCUUCCUCGAGCUGGCUCGGGACCUGAUGUUCGGCUUCGACGGCAAGAACCUCUGCGAGGAGCAAAAGGCGCUGAAGGGCCGCAUUGGCUCCGUCCAGGCCGUGGCAGGAACCGGCGCCAACCACCUGGGUGCGCUCUUCCUCGCGCACAAGAUGAAGCCCAAGAACGUCUGGCUGUCCAACCCCUCGUGGGCCAACCACACCUACCCCUACUACAAGGCCGAGACCCGCUCCUUCGACUUCGACGGCAUGAUGUCCACCCUGGAGGCCAACGCCCAAGAAGGCGACGUGAUCCUCCUGCACGCCUGCGCCCACAACCCCACCGGCCUUGACCCCAGCAAGGACCAGUGGAAGGCCAUCGCCGACCUCUGUGACCGCAAGAAGAUCUUCCCCUUCUUCGACUCCGCCUACCAGGGCUUCGCCUCCGGUUCCGUCGAGGAAGACGCCUGGGCCGUCCGCUACUUCCUCCACCAGAAGCCCCACAUGGAGAUGUGCGUCGCCCAGAGCUUCUCCAAGAACUUCGGUCUCUACGGCCAGCGCGUCGGCGCCUUUCACUACGUCCUCCCCGACGGCUCCCAGAACCUACGCGAUCUCGUCGUCAACAACCUCUGCCAUCUCAUCCGCGGUGAAUUCUCCAUGGGUCCCACCGGCGGUUGCACCAUCGUCAAGAAGGUCCUCACCAGCGAGACCCUCGCCCCGCAGUGGCACGAGGACCUGAAGGUCAUGAGCUCCCGCAUCAAGGCUAUGAGAACCGCUCUUUACGAUGAGCUCGUCAGACUCGAGACCCCUGGAACCUGGAAGCACGUCAUCGAACAGAACGGCAUGUUCUCCUACACCGGUCUCACCCCCACCCAGGUCCAGGCCCUGAAAGAAAACUUCCACAUCUACCUCCUCAGCUCCGGCAGAGCCUCUAUCAGCGGCUUGAGCCAGAAGAACGUCUCCUACGUGGCCCAGGCCAUCGACAACGUCGUCCGCAACGUCAAAUAG